AACCCUUUGAGGCACUCAUUGACUUGCUGAGGCGGGACUCACAUGAGUGAUGUGUCAGUCACACAUUGGGGGAAACUUUAAAAAGACUGAGUGCCUCUGUGCUGCUCAGUACAUAGAGAUUAGUGCUCUGGUUAGUGUUGUUUUAAGUUGCUAACCUUUUACUCAAUUGUAAAAUGUUGCUCUCCCAAACCGUCGUGUCUCAGCAUAACUCUGCAAGUUCUCUCUCGGAAGAUAAAGAAAACAGGCCCCCAGCUAUGAAUGUGACUCAGGCUCUGCUGUCCAAAACAGCUCGCAAACUUCAAGGAGCUGCCAGCCUGGAAGGUCAACGGGAAGGGGCAAACGUGCAGGAUGAGCCUCUUCUCCGGGAAAACCCCCAUCGGUUUGUGGUCUUCCCAAUCCAGUACCACGAUAUCUGGCAGAUGUACAAGAAGGCGGAGGCAUCGUUCUGGACAGCUGAGGAGGUAGACUUGUCAAAGGAUUUGGUGCACUGGGAAUCCCUAAAAAAGGAUGAAAAACACUUCAUUUCGUACGUCCUGGCAUUCUUUGCUGCCAGCGAUGGAAUCGUCAACGAGAACCUGGUGGAACGUUUCAGUCAGGAGGUGCAAGUGACGGAAGCCCGUUGCUUUUAUGGUUUCCAGAUUGCCAUGGAGAACAUUCAUUCAGAAAUGUACAGUCUCCUUAUCGACACCUACAUCAAGGAUCCCAUUGAGAGGGAAUUCUUGUUUAACGCCAUUGAAACCAUGCCAUGUGUUAAACAGAAGGCUGUCUGGGCUUUGGCUUGGAUCGGUGACCGAGAAUCCGCCUUCGGAGACCGACUGGUAGCUUUUGCUGCUGUUGAGGGGAUAUUUUUCUCAGGAUCAUUCGCUGCCAUUUUUUGGCUGAAGAAACGAGGGCUAAUGCCAGGCCUUACCUUUUCCAAUGAGCUGAUCAGCAGGGAUGAAGGUCUGCAUUGUGACUUUGCCUGUCUUCUAUUCAAACACUUGGUUCACAAGCCUUCGGAACAGAGAGUUGGAGCAAUUAUCACCGAAGCUGUGAGGAUUGAACAGGAGUUCCUGACUGAGUCUCUGCCUGUGGACAUGAUUGGCAUGAACUGCACCCUAAUGAAGCAGUACAUUGAGUUUGUGGCUGACAGACUGCUGCUAGAGUUGGGUUUCAGUAAGAUAUUUGGAGCAGAAAAUCCUUUUGACUUCAUGGAGAACAUUUCUCUGGAAGGGAAAACCAACUUCUUUGAGAAGCGAGUUGCUGAGUAUCAGAGGAUGGGGGUAAUGUGCAAAGCAGAAGAAAACAGCUUCAGAUUGGAUGCUGAUUUUUAAAGGUUGCACGGUUAUCAAAUGGAAAGUUUUUUUAAAAAUGAUGUAACACUGCCCAAAAUAAGCUAAACCCAGAGAUUUUCUUGUUUGCUUACUUGAAAGUCAAACAUCCUCCGUUAAAUCAGUAAAGCUGCUCACAAAUGCACAGUAUUGCACAAGUUCUCUACCAGAGAGAUGAUGUCUUUGAUCUUUAAAUGUUUUUAAAGGGAGAGAGAGAGAAAUGACGCAAAACCGCAAAAUAUUUAUUGGCAAUUUCCAUUUAACCCAGGAUUGGUCAUGAAUUGUAUUUUUAUAUUCAUAGCCCAAAUUUAAACCUAUGAAUUACUUGUUAAUUUUUUUUCCAAUAGUAUUGUUCUAUUGUGUAGCUUCUCUGUCGUAUAUUACAUAGGAAAAACAGUACUUUUCUGCGUCCAUGUUCCAUUGGGGAGGGAGAAUCAACCAAUUGUGGGAACCACCUGCAUACAAAUUCAGUGGUCUCCACCUAAUGCGCCUGACAAUCUGGUGCUGACGAAUUGUUAGCCCCAGAAUGCAGUUUGUGUGUGCAAUUCAAUUUAAGCUCUUUCCUCCCCCUCUCCCAUCACCCUAUACAUGGAUUGCAGUGAGAUGCUCCAGGUACAAACCCAGCACAGCUGUGCCUACUAUAAUUGACAGAUUGAGUAAAAGUGCAGGUAAUGGAUUUCUACAGGUCACGUUUCCAAAGAGACCUCCGCACUGCUAGGCCAGGAUUCGAGUAUGUUCUUCCAAUUCUUAACGCAAUAGGAUGUGAGGGUGAGUGAAUGUUUAAUGAUUCUGUUAUUUGUUCACUUUCCCCCCACAAAUAUAUUCUUUGUUGUUUGGCGGAAACCUGUUCUGUAGUUUUUAGUGUGAUGAGAGAUUAGGUUCUUUGACUAGCUUAGUGCUGGAAUAAGUCUGCCUUUACUUAGAGUCAACUUCUAACAGUAGCUAUUUAAAAGUUUAGAUCUUUGUAGAGUUUUAGGAAAGCUCUGCCUAGUUUUGAUGCAUUAUUUGGGUAACUUUUUAAUCAACGGAAUCAUUGUUAUUUGUAUUUAUUUACCAAUAAAAUAAA